CUUCCGCUUGUGAAAACGAAAGUGCAUUGACCUUAUAAACAUAUAAAAUUGUCAUAACUAAGGAAGUUAUUUUACUAAGAUGACUAUAAUUGUGAAAGGAUAAUUUUCAAUGACAAUAUGACGAAUUAGUUCAUCCAUUGUACGCGUCGAACCACCACUAAUUUGUAAUCGAAGUGUACAGUUAAUCUAAAGUAUGGACGGCCGGUUGGCCAUAGUAUUGGAAUGAAGCUAGUGUCCUAAUCAUUUCUUCUCAAACUGGUUUUGUUACACAAGGUCUAAAAUGAUCAACCCUGAAGGAACCCAACCAAUUGUAGGAGCAGGUGGUGAUGGUAAUGAACCCACAGCCAGUGAGGUUGCUCGUGGUUUGCAGAUAGUUAAAGACAACAUUAAGGAUGAGAAGGUUAAAACAGACUUGCAAGACAUUAUUUCAAAAAUAGCUCAUGGAUCAGUCCAGGAGAGAAGCUAUAAUAUUUUGACAGAGAAUUUAAGGAGCUUUGUGACCAAUCUUGGAUCCAGUGUGCACUUUUCAUUAAGUCAGACCAAGCAGAUCAUUAAAACCAUUAUUGUGUUGUGGAAUAAACCCUUUAUUGCCAGGCAUGUGAUGAAGGAGGUUUACAAUGAGGAUAUUGGAACACUUAUCGAUAAAGAAUUGCUCGAUCAGAUACCGAAUGAUGUAAAACAGUUGGAUGACGAUGCUAUUGAGAUUUUUUCUAAAGCUUUACAAAUUGGCUUUGAAGAAGUUAAGAAUAUCCGCCUUAUGGUUGUAGGUAUGUUUGGUGUUGGAAAAACAUCACUCGUGAACAAUUUGAUUGACGACUUCAGAGAAAAUACAUUUGUACCUAAAAGCACCGAAGGUAUAGAUCUGCAUAGGUGCCAUCUUAUGCAAAAUGGGGAUUGGUGUUUGGAUGAAGAACACAAAUUAGUAAAAAUUCAGACUCGCCUUAUAAAUGCUUUUAGGGAAGCAAAGCAAACUACAAAUAAAUAUUCAAUAAGUAAUUAUACAGGUGAACAGGAAAACCCUGGCAGCGUUUUUGUUGAAGAAAAGCGUUUUUCCGAUGAUACUGAUAUUCGCUUCACAUCAGAAGCACGGGCACCAAUAAGGCAAAUUGCUAAAGAAGAUGAUGCACUUAAAGAUUUUCUUCCACUUGUUGAAUCAGUACAGAAAACCGACAAAGAAACUUUAGACAACAAAGAUGUGUCUGCUAAAACGAAGACAGAUACCACUGUGUCUGUUUGGGAUUUUGCAGGCCAGACACUUUACUAUUCUACUCAUCAGUUUUUCUUAAAUAAGAGAUCCAUUUACUUACUUCUUAUGGACCUGACCAAACAACUGGAUGAAUAUGUAAUAGAAAGCACAACCGAAAAAAGUGGAAGUUGGUGUGGUUUAGUAAAAAACUGUACCUAUUUGGAUGUCUUUAAAUUUUGGCUUAAUGCUAUCCACAUGUACAGUGGUUAUCAAUCUUUAACAGGAGAAAUACAACCAACUGUUAUUCUAGUCGGAACACGGAAAGACAAAUUAGAAGGAAGUGAUGAGGAAAAGACCAUUCAUAAUGACAAUUAUUUUGAUAAAGCACUGCGUUCUUUUGAGACAAAUGCGCCCAUUUUAAAGCACAUUCAUAAGAGGAAAUUUCUCGUGAGCAAUUUAUCUCCAGGAGAUUCUAUAUUUGAGGAACUACGCAAAGAAGUCAAACGUUUGGCGGAGAAACAAACGUUUUGGGGUGAAAAGACUCCUGUCAGAUGGAUUCAAAUGGAACAGUCCCUUGACAAAAUGAGAGAUCUGGACGAACAGCUUAUACAUUAUGAAAAGAUAAACGAAGCAAAUAAAUCUAGCCUAAGCCCACUAAAUGCAGAUGAACUGACCGUGUGUUUGGAAAUUCAGCACAGACGUGGAAAUAUAUUAUUUUUCAACACAGACGAACUCAAGCAUUUGAUUAUUCUUGCUCCUCAAUGGAUAAUAGACGCAUUUAAGUGCUUCAUUUCGCAUGUACGGGACAAAAAUCCAACCCAUUUGACUGAUUGGGAUGAAUACCUAAACCUUGGUAUUCUGAAACCUCAAGUGUGCGAUGAAAUCAUGGCUAAAAGUCCUGAACAUAUAAGAAAUUACAGAAAAGAUGUUAUAAAGUAUAUGGAGCACUUGGAUGUAAUUGCAAAACCUUUAAAACUUGAAACCCUAAACGAGGUCGCCGGAAAUGAAACCCUUGAUAGACAAGUUUUACAAGGUGCAAAUGAAGUGGUUGAACAAAUCAAUCACAAGUAUGAAGAUUUCUAUAUUGUUCCAUGUAUACUGAAGAAUCCUCCACCACCAAUAACGACAUUUACUUCACCAGAAGAUGGAAUAAAAACACCAGUGUUAUGCUUCGUGUUUUGUGAAAAGUUUAUGCCUCCGUCGUUUUUUCACAGACUUGUUGCUGUUUGUAUUCGCACAUGGCCCAUCAGCAUAUCAGGAAACGAGAACAAUUUGUACAAUGGACUGGCUGUGUUUGACCUUCGUCCAGCAUACACUUUCACCAUCUGGUACAGGGACCACAUCAUUUAUGCUAGGAUAUCUUCUUGUUCAAAGAAACACGAUUUAGAUGUGGACUUCAAACUAUGUCAAGAAGUAAGACACAUUCUUCGGAAAAGUUUGCUUAAUUUUGUUGGUCAAUCUGUAAAUAGUCCCCGGACUGCUACUGCAUUUGAUGAGUACGUUCAGUGUCCAGACAUGUGCAAGUCGGAGCCCAAUAAGGGCAUGCUACAAGUGACCAAGUUCAUGUAUUUCAGUGAAUUAGAUUGCACAGCAUGUCCGAAGCGCCAUACAGUGGAACGAGCAGAGGCCUUGCGACAUUGGUUCAAGCUGGAUCUCGAUGAAGCAGAUAAGAAUGAUGAUGAUUUAAAUAGACUUGCAGAUGAUGAUGAUCUAAAGAAAGUUGCAAGUGCAGUUGGUCAUGAAUUCUGGAUGCUGGGUAUUGAACUUGGUUUGAAAGAUUGUGAAAUGAACCAGUUAUAUGAUGCCCCUGAAUGUAGAAGAGAUCACUGUACAUUCGUUUACAAGUAUUUGGUAAAAUGGCGGAAUAAAGCUGGAGAUAGAGCAACACUGCAACUUCUCAAUAGAGCCAAAAAUGCGGCACGCGUGUACUGCUCAAAACCCCACACAUCUAAAUAAAUAUCUUCAUUCAAUGUCAACAGGUCCGCGAAUGUAUAAUGACAGCUGCAUUGUUACACGUGAUACAUGGUUCGUAAGUAUUUAAUAGUAUAGUACUGUAUCUAUGAAUUGUUAAGAAGCAUGUAUAAUUCUGUGUUUGUGAGUGCAUUUUUCCGUUGUUCUUCAAAAACAAUUAGUUUAUCUCGCGAAUACUUUUACUUCAAAUGGUAUGAAUUAUUCGGACGGAUGAGUUACUAAUUAGCAUAGGUGUUUGCGCGUGUGUGUGUGUCUGCGUGCGUGCGUACGUGUAUGUUUGCAAGAAUUUUUUAGCUAUUUUGUACGAUAAUACAAAUUAUGCAAAAGGCAAAUCAAACGUUAAUAAUUGUAGUAAGAUUCUAAAGUUUCAGUUUAAAACAUAAACAAUUAGGGCCUGUGUUUUCCUAUAUCGAAUAACUACAUUAUUUAUGUUCAUUGAUUUCAUUUAUUUGAUUUCAAAGUUUUCACUCGUAACUUUAAAUUGUUGUUGUUUUCAUGUUUCACAUUACUUUCGCAUGUGUGCUUGUUCAUGGUGAACACUAACAUUAGUUCGUAUUAUUUAAAUAUUUGAUUAAGGUCAUUUUUAGCUCAGCUGUUUUCGGAGAAAAUCCGGGCUAUUGUCAUAGCCAGCUUGUCGUCCGCCGUCUGCCUCCCGCCGUAGGCGUCGUGCUAAAACCUUAACAUUGGCCAUAACUUUUUAAAUAUUGAAGAUAGCAACUUGAUAUUUGGCAUAUAUGUGUAUAUCAUGGAGCUUCACAUUUUGAGUGGUAAAAUUUCAAGGUGAACAUCAUCCCUCAAGGUCUAGGGUCGAAAAAACAAAGUCAAGGGAAGUAAUAAGCUUUAAAUGGACAUAGUUAUCUGACCUGCCCACACAUAUAUUUUUGUUAAAUAAAUCAAAGCGGCGCUGUAGGCGGCAUUGUGUUUCUGACAAACACAUUGUGGUAAAAGGUCAACGUCAAGGUCAUCCUUCAAGGUCUACGGUAAAAAAUACACAUUUAAGGGAAGUAAUAAGCUUUAAAGGGAGAUCAUUAUUCAUUAUUGAACAUAGCCACAUUAUAUAUUUUGCAUGCACGUGUAUUUCAUGGAGCUGCACAUUUUGAGUGGUGAAUCUACAGUCACGGUAGUGGCUUUUAAUUAUUUGCUACUAAAAAUAGAGAUUUGUUAGAGGCAAUUAUUUUCAAGGGAAGUAAUUUAUAUUAUUAUAAAUCUCAUAUUAUAUAUGUCCUUACCAAGAAUUGAAGUUCUUUUCACAGUUACUGUACAUAUUUAUUAUUUUGAUUAUUUAUAACUCAAAUGAUUGAUUUGUCAAAGGUUUUUUUAAUGAUAUAAUUAUCAUUUCUUUCAUGUACUUAGUUGUUAAUAGUAUUGUUCAUUACAUACCUGUGGACCUAUGUCCAUAGAUACAUGAUGAACUCUGGCUAUGAUCUCUUUGAUAAACCACAGGCCUUGGUUGUCAGUGAUGUCUGACUUGGUCAUUUUUGACUGUCUACAGACCCCCACCCCUGGUUGGAUUGGACAAAAUCCAAGGGAAGUAAUAAGCUUUAAAGGGAGAUGAUUUCUAUACCUGCCAAAUGAUAAAUAGAAUUUUUUGCUCAAAGUGGCGCAGGAGGGGGCAUUGUGUUUCUGACGAACACAUCUCUUGUUGGGUCACUAGGUCAAAGGUCAAGGUCACUGUGACCUCUAAAAAAAAUUCUGACAAUCUUUCGCACCCGAUCGUGGCACCCGUUAUGCGGUGAUCGUGGCACCCGUUAUGCGGUGCUCUUGUUAUGUGUGCAAUCGUAUGUGUGAUAAACUUUGGUCAGUCGGUUUAUGUAUUUGAAAUGAGUUGUACACUACGUCGUAGCGGCAAAAGAUCUGCGAAUUCAUUUUAGUUGAACAAAUUAUAUUUUUAACAAAAUAGUUUAAAACCAUGAAUGUAUAUUUGCGUCAUGGAUAAGAGACAAAUAAACGUGUUUUUCUACACACACUGUAUUUUUCAGUAGAGUGCCGCUCAUACGCGUCCAUCACAUAACAUAUCUGCGUUGGUGUCAGAAGUGUUUGUUCUCUUCUUGACAUGUGGUGCGUGUUCAAAAUUAUGGUAUCAAAAUUAAAAGAACAUUAUAUUUUAACAAUGCUAAUACAUGUAUAAUUAUUUUUUAUUGCAUGAAAUUGUGGUUUAUAUUAUUAUACUUUCAAUUGAUACUCUUUAUCAUUAACAUUGUUUUGUUCAUAUAACUCAGUUAUCUCAGUGCAAAAUGGAGCACUAGUUUUUUUUUCAAAUUUAAAGUUUCAUAAAGACUGAAAAUCAACGAAUAUUUCGCAAAAUAUUUUGUAAAAUAAAGUUAAUCCUUAAAAACAAUCAGUGUUCCGUAUAACAAUAGCCAAAAUUUCAAGGCUAUAUGUGGCUUGAUAACAUAGCUUUAACGAGUUACAAAUGCUUAUAUUUAUAUUUUCGCAAUAUAUUCCAUGAGAAUUUCCGACGACGGUAUCCGAGCAUGUACAAGCGAACGCGAGACUGCUUCUUGCAGCGCCGGUAAAACGACGUAUUCAUGAGAACUGCGUUGAGCUUCCGUUUCCUCCCUUAGCGAAUCUCGCGUUUGCUUGUUAAAGUUUUGACAUUGUCGUCGGAAAUUCACAUGGAAUAUAUUGUCACUCACAAAAAUAAAUUUGUAUCUCGUUAAAAUUAUUUUUCCAGACCACAUCUUACGUUUGCAUUUUUGGCUAUUGUCAUUAAGAACACUGUUUUUUAUUGUUUUAGCCUUACUUUGUAAAAUAUUGUACGAAAUAUUCGUUGAUUUUGAGUGUUCAUGUGCUUUUAAGUGUAAAUAAUAAGAUAUCAUUAUUUGAUCGUUUAACCAUGUCAUUCCAAAAAAACGGGCGUUUAUAUUUUUUGACAAAUGUUCUCCAUUAUUUAUGAGUUUUGUACAAUAGUAAUGUGUUUUAACGUUUUUAAGUCCGAUAAUUACAAAAGUGUGUGUAAUCAUAUAAUCUUUUGCACAUACCUUCAUUUGUUCAUUUGUAAUUUCCAUGGGCGGCCCUGUUCCUCUGCCCAUGAAAGAUAGUGGCAUAUGCAUGUGUAUUAAGUACUUGAAAACCAGCUUAAGUGUGUGUAGGUAAAAUUACCGACAUGACAUGACUGAAAUACUGUUUAAAACGACGCACAAUCCAACUAAACAAACACACAUGAAUUUGUUGUCUUUUAAUGUUUUUUUAUUUACACUCUGGUUUGUGUGUUGACGUUUUUAUUACGUUGCUGAACUAAAAAUUCAGAUCAUCAUGCAUUGUUAUGCACGUUUUGAAUUAAUAAGUAUGUUUGAUUCUUGUUAAGGAAAACUUUUUUUCAGAUAACAAUAUAUUAUCAAAAGGUCAUGUUAAUUAGCAUUAAUGUAAUACAUAAUAAAAAACGUGUGUACGAAAUUGUUUAAGUAAUUAUAAAAUACAAUGUUUAAAUCGUUAUAUUUGUAAAUUUUGAUCAUGAUAUUCUUUUUCAAGCCAUUCAUGUAUGUCUGUCAGUGGGCUUUCGGAACGCAACAAACUAUAUAUUGACCCAAUGUUAACAUUUUUAUUAAAUAGGUCACGAGUACAUGUUUGUUUUUAUGACCAUGUUUUACAUUUUAACUCUAUGUCAAGUGUAAUUUCUUAUUGCAUUCAAAACUAAACAUCUUAUUAUCUAUAUCUACUAUGCUUAAUUUACCAUUUGUACGGUUCAUAUCCAUGUAAAAUCAAUUUUUGUUGGUCACAUAUUUGGAUAGACGCCAUAUUUAAAGGAAGUGACUUUUGACCUUUUUGUUGAAUUGUGGGUAGUGUAUUUUGACGACCUCUGUCAAACUUGUCGAACUUGUCAGCAGACGGUUUUAUCUUGCAUUUUCUCAGUACAUUUCUUCAUCAUGCGGAGGUUUGAUUUUUAUCAAAUAAUUACAGUCAUGUGCAUUUAUAUGUUCUAAACCUCAUUAUUAUACUUAAAGAAACAUUUCCAGUCAAUUUAAUGAAGUUGUUAUUGUUUCAACUUUAGGCGGUAACUCUGUUUAUUUUUGAGGUGAUCGGUUACGCUCGGAAGAUGCGCGGAUGGUACGCGGUUGAGUUAAUGCUCGGAUUAAUGUUAUGACCGCGCAUGGCUCGGACCUGCUCGGAGCCUUAGUAUUUAAGCCCUGUUAAUUUUACAGUCAAGGACUCUGAUUUUUUUUUAAAUUUAAUGCACAUUCUCAUAAAUAGAUUUUCUCUGAUAAAUAUUAUUUUUAGGCAUUUUAAAUUAAAAGAAAGUUAGAAACAUUUUACAUAUUUUUGCAUAUAAUAGAGUUUUUUAAUAAGAUUUAAGACUAAGGUAAAGGGAUAUUUUAUCGUUCAGUUUUAAGACUGAUUUGAGCAUUGUAAAUGUGAGUUUGAGAAUUGUAUUAUUUAUGAUAAAUUGUUGAAUGCAUUGAUGUACUUUUUAUGCAAGUUAGUUAAGUAUGAAAAUUUGUUGAAUUUUAUUUGGUUGUUUAUUAUACUUAUUAUUUGAGAGUCAUUAAAUGACUCAGGCUAUUAUCUUCAGUUUAUUUUGACAGAGUCCAUUUUAUUUAAAAUGUUUAAAUACAACUUAAUGAAAGAAAAGUUGGUUUGACACCAAGAGUAGGCUCGCUAUCAGAUUGCAAUAAGGAAAAGAAAAAGAAGAACCCGCUCAGCGCGUUACAUAUUGAUCUAACGAGGCAGCUUAUUACGCGUUUUCGAAAAGCACUUCCAAUGAAUAAUUGUUUAAAGAAAACAACAUUAUGAAAGUGUUCGGAUGUUUUAACCGUUCCUAAAAGAGUAUAAUAUAUACGUUAUGUGUUGAAGAUGUUUGUAAAAAAAAUAGAAUGACAUGAUUUUAACAAUGAUAUGUAUCAUACAAUUAAUUUAUUUAAUUUCAACAAUUGCAACAGUAACUCUGUGUGUGUUUUUUAUUAGCCGUAGAAGGAAUAACGAAAUUGUUUUUCAAUUAUUUAGACGAUAAAAAUCAUCAAAAGAAUCAAAUAAUAAAUUGAAUAAUUUUGAUUAAAAUACAAAUAUUAGAUUUAGACAUUUUAAAAAGCUGCAAUUUCGUUUUGAUUUAAUGUAAAUACUGAUUUAUUUUGUUUUAACCGCUACCACAACACAACACAAUAUUAUAUAGACUCAUUAUAGUUUGAUGCUCUUUGUAUCAAUGCUGUAAGUUAUGCGGCUGAUGCAGACCAUAAAAUACGUGUGUGUUUAAAAUGUGAUAAUUUUUGUUUUACAUGAUGUUGUCUAUGUUCUGUUACUGAUGUUUAAAUGAGGUGUUUAUUAGUUUAAUAGGUGUAGUAGUCAUAAAACAGACAAUGCUACUUCAAGAUAUUGUACAUCUAUAUGUUAACACAUUUGUGUUUUGUUGUCUCCCCUGUAAGCUGUAAACCGUAAAUCUUCAUAAUUGAACACUGUUCUAAAAAUGUCAUAUACGGUGUAUUGCAAUGAAUAUUAGAAGUUGAACAAGAUUUAUUGACCAAACACGAAACAUCUCUUUGCCUUCGCAUUUUAAUGUCAACCAUACCUUGGCAUGCAGCUUACUUACCCGCGUGUUACAUUUUCGAGUGAUUAGUUUAAUCCCAGUUAAUUUCUUGACCUGACACGAAACCCCGUAGCAUUAUUUUUUUUUUUACAUCUAAAUGUAAAACUGAUCUUGGAAAUAUGGUCCGACUUGUCGCGUACCAUUACCUGUCU